GAAAUCUCUCCUCCUAGGGUUUGAAAAACAACCAUCUUCUCUCUGGAAAGCUCUGAGGAAGACGAAUUUUCGAAACAGUAAUUCCAGUUGAAUCGGACUCUAAUCGUUGUUAACAACAAUGAAUCCCCUUCAUUUUCAAUCUGCGCCGCCUCCUCUCUGGUUCCCGAUGUUACCACCGGAACCACCGAAUUCAAGUGGGUUUUGGGAAACCAGAAACGUGCGUGAUCGGCUUAGAGAGUUGCAAGAUACUCUCAAUCUCGCUAAGGCAAUGCAAAAGGAGCUGGAGAUAUUGAAGACGAUCAAAGAUGGUAAAGGGUCUACAGAAGAUGAUGCAAAGGAAUUGUCGACCGAUUCUUCUGUUUCUGGGGUUUUGAAAUAUCUAGAACGGAGAGGGAAUAAUUUGGAAACGCAGGAGUCACUUUCUGUGGAAGCAGCAAAUUCUUUGAUGGCAAAGCUGAGAGCUCAGCUGGAGCCGUUUAGGUAUGUCACAGAUCAGGCUAGUCCAUGGGAGGAGAAAUCUGCAACAGUUAGGUUGGCCAAUAAAAUGAGCAAGUCAAAAAGGAACAAACUUUGGAGGAAAAGAAAGCGAAGACGCGUUGCUGAAAUGAUUGCAAAGGAGCGUGAUCGGUUUGAUCAAGCUCAUAGGGAAGCUGAUGAAUGGAGGGCUAGAGAGAUUGCCAAAGAUAUAGCAAACCAUAAGGUAGAAAAGAUGAAGGAAAUUGCUAAGCUGAAAGCCAGAGAAGAGAAGAAGAGACUGGAAUCUGAGCUUGAGCUAGUUUUGAUUGUGGAGAAACUGCAAGAAUUGCGCUCCAUCAGGAUCCAGAAAUUGAAGAAACAAGGACAUUUUCUCCCAGAGGAGGAUGACAAGUUUCUUGAGAGAGUUCAGGCUGCAGUUGAGGCAGAGGAGCGCCAAGCUUUGGCUGGAGUGGAUACGGAUGCUGCUAAGGAUGCCAUUGCAACCGCUGAAGAAUCUAGAAAAACCAUGAAGAAUCAAGAACCACCCUUCUCAAAAGAUCUGAGCAAUGAUAAUGAUGGGAAUAAAGAGACUGAAGACCAAAUAACUGGUACCAAGGAUGAGGAGAGCUCCAGCCCCGUCAGGGGUAAGGAUUCCAGCCAAAGAGCAUCUGAAGGACAAAGUCACAGCGGGGCAUACGAUUCAUUGGCAAACUUACCAAUUGAAUUCUAUCACUACUAUCAUGGCAGCAAUACUGACAUGGGCACUCUUAUUGAGGUUAGAAGAACAUGGGAUGCCUAUAUCAGACCAGGAGGGAGCCGCAUACCAGGGCACUGGGUUCAACCACCACCACCAGCAGACGAGGUCUGGGCCUCCUACUUAGUCAAGCCUAAAUAAUGUCUUCAGCCUUUGCUUAAAGCAGACAUAUACCAAGUCAGAAGUUUCUAAUCACCUACACCGAGUCAGAAGUUUCUCAUCACCUCAAAAGUAAUUUCUUGGACUGCUAGCAAGUAGCAAUAAGUUAGGGGGACAGUUUAUAUGUUCUUACGGUUUUCAUUUUUUUUUUUUUCCAAUAGGUUCUGAUUUUCUGAAAUUGUAAUAUUUAUGUCCAUUAUUUUCCCCUGUAAAAUAAAAUUAGUUUAUAUUUUGCAUUGGUAACUUUGUUUUACAGAUUGUAAAUCAAGAUCAUUAGAUGAGGGUCUAAAUACCAUUAGAUGAGGGUCUUGGCAUCAAGUAUUCAUCCAAUAUGGUACAAUUUAGUACAGUGUAAAUUAUUGUACCUUUUUUCGUUUUGCAUUUUGCAAUUGAGUUAUUUUUUGCGUUAACAAGUCCUUUUAUUUAGUUUAGAAUGACAAUCUUCAAAUUCAUGUUCAUCCAGCAAGCUCUUCAUCAAUGUAGGAAUGGCAGGUGAAUCGAAUGGAACAUCAAAACAUAAGAGAUUAAAAAAGUAUUUUUUUU